AUGGAAUACAAAAUAAGUAAAAUAAAGGCGAAUAAUCGUUUAUUCAUGAAAGAAGAUAGACGCCAGAAAAGAGGAGCUCCAUUGAAGUUCGUAGGCUCUUUUCAACAUUGGGUUUUCGGAGUGAUGGACGACGAAGAUCGCGUGGCAAUGGAAAACAACGUGAGAAACCUAUUAGCGAACCAGCAUGAUCUUAAAGAACUAGAAAGGAAGCAGACAUCUGUAGUUGAUGCUACGGUCAAUCUGCUAAAGAGAACGACAGAUGAAGUCAAUUCGCACUUUACGGAAAUGAAGUGCAAAAUUGAGAACAUAAGCGCCACAAUGAACGAGAAUUAUUACGUUUAUAGAGAAUCAAUUCGGUUCUUUAUAAUCACCAAAGAAAUACACGAGAGUAUCACAGAAUGUGACGAGACGCAGAAAGAGGUCAUCGACGUAUUGUUGGAAGUGAACAAUGGUCACUUUCACCCCGUGCUCAUGAGUCCCAGUCAACUGCAGUCUGAGAUAAUAAGAAUACGUAAUGCUCUACCAGAGAAGUAUGUUUUACCCGGUAAAAGCACUGGUGCAGAACUGAAGGAGGUGUUGCAUUUAAUGAGAGGUCAUGGGAUGUUUGUAGGCACUCAGUUGGUAAUCGACUUGAAAAUACCUCUUUUCAAUAGGCAGUCAUCGCAACUAUACAGAGUUAUUCCGAUACCGUUUGAACGAAAUAAUGUCGUCAUGAUAGCGAGGACAAAGGCACCGUAUAUAGUGUACAAUUUCGAAUUGGAUUCAUUUCACUAUCUAACGCAAGCCAUGUUGAACGAGUGUAAAGGCACCUUGGAUGAUGAAAUUGUUUGCGAAGAAAAUUUUCCGUGGAGAGAUGCGUCUACAAAUGAUUGCGAGUUAGCUCCUCUGAGGCCACACAUAAACUUGAAGUGCACUUACGAUGAAGUAGAAAACAGUCCAUAUUUUAUACAGCUCAAACGCAAGGCAAACUGGUUAUUCAAGAUAUUUGCUAACACAACAGCUCACGUGAAAUGUUCGGACAAACAGCAAACCCUAAUGGAGCUUCCACAGCAAGGUAUUUUAGUCCUAGAGCCAGACUGUGCGGCAAGGAUAGACCAAAUCACAUUGGUGGCGGUCCAUCAGCAAAAGGAUGAGAUAUCUUCCAAAUUUCCCUCAGUUCUUUUGAAGGAUGUGAGUCCGGCUGAAAGAGAAAUCAUAAAACCCCUUGGAAAUGUACUGGUCAAUCAUCACGAAGAGGUCAACGAACUGAAGAAGGUCGUGGACAAUUUAAAGAAGGAAGGAAUAAAAUUAAGAGGCUUAGAGUUCCAUCAUUGGUCCGGUCAUUUGGCAUUUAUUUUAGUUAUAAUAAUAUCAAUAAUUCUAAUAAUUCUAUGCAUAAGAGGAAAGAUAAGGAAGAGGCGCAUAGCUGCAAUUCAGUUCCCAGGGGUGCCGACGGUCUAG